AUGUACUCUGUUAAAGCCCUCCUCGUCGCCCUCGCCUUCGUCGCCACCACCGUCGUCGCCGAGACCCCCAAUCUCAAGCGUCAAGCUGGUUCCCACCCCUUCACUUUCGUCAACAAGUGUGGCAGCACGGUGAACCCUGUCAUCGCCGACACCCGCUGCGGCUACAGCCCUCGCUGCGGUGACGCCGCCUCGUUCUCUGGCCAGCAGCCCGGCCAGAUCGGCGCCGGCCAACGCAAGACCGUGAACAUCGACGCACGCUGGGUCGGCCGCAUCUUCAACAAGCGUGGCCAGUGCGGCCCCAAGGGCGAGAGCUGCACCCUCGGCGAGUUCAAUCUCGAUACCGGCGACCAGUGGACCCCGCAGGCCUACGACAUCAGCAACAUCCAGGGCUUCACCGACUCCAUCCAGAUCUCCGCCAACGGCUGCGACACCGUCACCUGCACCAACGCUAACUGCGGGUGCCGCAACGCCUACCCCAUCGGCGACACCAGCGGCUGCGGAAACGACUCGCCCGUCCGCGGAUGCGGCGCCGGCGCGGUCCCCUUCACCAUCACCUUCUGCCCUUGA